AUGGAAAUGCAAAGAAAAAUAACAUCAAUCGACAGCAAAAAAGUAAGACACGUAGAAGUAUCUGUCGAAACCAAUGAACAAUACAUAUUAAACGAACAAAUUUUGGAUGAAAUGAGAUUGAAAGAAGACAAAAAUGAAUUUCAAAAAAUUGUUUUCAACAUAAUGGAUAAAAUUGAGCAAGGUGAAAGAUUGCAGACAACGGACAACGGGAAAUAUGAAAAGAGUUUCUUCCUGACAAAAGCAGAAGAAAUAAUUGUGGCUAUGAAGAAAAUAACGGACAUUUUGGAGAAAAUGGGAUGUCCAUUUACGCCAUCUGUAAAUGAUAAUGCUCUUAUUUUGAAAAAUGAACAAGAGAAAAAUCAAACUGAAGUUACAAAAAACUUUAGUUGUAAGAAAUGCGUCACUGUUUCAUUUGUGAAAUUAGAAAAAGUUGUCCCUCUUUCCAAAAAUGAACAAGAAAGGAUGCAAUCUGCAGUUACUAAGAACAUCAGUUUUAAGAAAUACGUUUGUGUUUCAUUCGUGUAUGUAGAAAAAGUUGUUCCUCUGUCAAAAAGUCAAAGAAAACAAAUUGAAGUUGUUAAAAACAUCAGUUGUAAAAAACACAUCUGUGUUUCUUUUGUGGACAUCGAGAAAUUUGUCCGUCUUUCAAUGUAA